AUGGGCAAAAUCGUACACAUCGUUCUCUGGAAGCUCCGCAAGGCGGCCAACGAGGAGGCGCUCGUCCAGGCCAAGGCGUCCAUUGCUGCCUUGAAGAACGUCCCGGGUCCCGAGACUAUGCAAUUGGGUCCUCCGCUCAUGGACGCCCGAGCUAAGGGGUACGACUGGGGUCUGUACUCGGUCUUCUCGUCCAAGGCCGCUCUGCAGGAGUAUGCAGUCUCAGAAGCGCACGUCAAUGUCGUCAAGAACAACGUCGGGCCGAACGUCGAGGAGGUACUGGCGUACGACUUCGAGCUGGAGGCAUAG